CUUUCCGCUUGUGAAAUCUUCACACGCUCAGAGCAGAUAAGUUGUGGUCGUGCUUUGCGGCACUCCCUUCAUGCUGAGUCCACAAUUUCAUGAGGAUCGACAUUAAUUCACACGUCAGAGGGGAAUUUCAGACAUCACCGAUGUAGACAGCCAAGCAAAUGGGUUCAACAUCGUUGAGCAUCUAGCGCCAUGGAUUACCAUCCAUACCCACGAAAGCACAUAAACAACAAGGGUGCAUGUUGGAAACUCACACCGACUUAACCCAUCGCACCGAAACAUGACACGAUAGCCUUUAUUAAAAAGUCGAGAUAAAUUAACUAAUUAACUAUUUUUAAGACGGAAGAACAAAGCAUGUCUGCAUUGUUUGUCCUCAUCAUCCUACAAGGAGUCUUAGUGGUGUGUGCCUACAGCGGGCAUAACAAUCUCACCCCCCGAAAAACUGUUGAAUAUGAAGAUAACCAUGCGAUCACAUUUAAAGAGAACGGGAUUUGGAAUUACUCCACAAUGCUAAUUCGAGAGGAUUUGGGCUUGCUGGUGUUGGGAGCGAGAGAGGCCGUAUACGCCCUGGAUAUAAACAAUAUCUCGGUUGCCAAGUCUAAGGUUCUGUGGAAAGUGACGGAGGAGAAACAAAAGGAGUGCAUCUCUAAAGGAAAACACCCUGACAUUGACUGUCAUAACUACAUCCGGAUGCUACAUCAAAUGAAUGACAGUGUGAUGUACGUGUGUGGUACAAAUGCCUUUAACCCCACCUGUGAUUACAUAACGUACGGUGACGGACAGCUGAAACUAGAGGAGAAGCAGGAGGAGGGAAGGGGCAAAUGCUCUUUCGAUCCCUUCCAGAGAUCCUCUUCCGUCAUGAUUGAUCAAGAAUUGUAUUCAGCUACGUCAUAUAACUUUCUGGGUUCUGAGCCGGUUAUACUUCGUUCCUCUCCCGUUUCACUGCGCACUGUGAUCAAGAAUUCGUGGCUUAAUGAGCCAAACUUCAUCUACAUGGACGUGGUACCCGAGAGCGAGAAUAGUCCUGAGGGCGACGACGACAAAAUCUACAUGUUCUUCAACGAGAACGCCAUAGAAUACGACUUCUACAGCAAGCUGCUGGUGUCUCGCGUCGCCAAAGUCUGCAAGGGAGACAUGGGUGGCCAGAGGACACUCCAGAGGAAAUGGACAUCAUUUUUGAAGGCGCGUCUAGACUGUUCUGUCCCUGAGCCCAGCCUGCCUUAUGUCAUACAAGACGUUUUCCAUGCGCGCCACAAGAAAUGGAGGAACAGCAUCUUUUACGCCAUCUUUACAUCUCAAUCGAGCAUAACGGACCGGACCUCGGCGAUAUGUGCGUACAAUGUGACCGAUAUUAGCGAGGUUUUCUCUCGUGGCAAAUUUAAGACGCCGGUAACCGUGGAAACGUCUGAUGUGAAGUGGGUCACAUACAGUGGAGAGAUUCCUGUCCCUCGACCAGGAGAUUGUAUCAACAACGCAGCGAGGAGUCUGGGAAUAGAGCGCUCGCUGGAUCUACCCGACAAAACCCUACAAUUCAUCCGGGACCGGCCGCUCAUGGACGACGCCGUCCGUCCGAUCACGGGCAAGCCCCUGCUGGUCAACAGAGGACCGUCGCUGACCCGCCUUGUCGUAGACCACGUAACUGCUUUGGAUGGACAGUCCUAUCCUGUGAUGUUUAUCGGCACAGAAAACGGUUAUUUGCAGAAAGCGGUGAACUAUGACGGAGAAAUGCACGUCAUUGAGGAAGUCGAGCUCUUUCAGAACGGAGAGCCAGUCGAUGUCCUUCGUCUUCACCAGAAUCAGUUGUAUGCAGGCUCUGCGUCUGGGGUUGUUCAAAUGCCGAGCAGUAACUGCAGUCGCUAUACAUCCUGUCUGGACUGUGUUUUGGCCAGAGACCCUUAUUGUGCCUGGGACCCCACGGCUCAACGGUGUUCCAGAUUACCCAGUUUACCUAAUGAUGCAGAUGGUAAUUUAAUACAAAGUCUAAGAGAUGCGGAUGCCACCCGGUGCCCUAUAAGAGGUACUACUGAGCCAAACAUCCGAACGCUUGUGCUGGGAAACAACAUCAGGUUGCUAUGCCGACCAGAUUCCAACCUGGCCCAAGUAAGAUGGAACUUCGAUGGGAAGCAGCUGCUUUCCUCCGACAGAAAGUUCACCAUCUACAGCGACGGCAUCCUCAUCUACAACGCCUCGACUGCCGAUGCAGGACACUACACCUGUACGUCAGUCGAACGGGUCAAAGGAAGACCCUACACCCAGACUCUGGCCAUUUACGACCUGCAGGAGAAAUUAAAAGUAGACGUGACCGAAAAUACACCGACCACCUCGGGUAUCGUUCUUAAAAGCUACACGACAUCAUCGGGUUUAGAGGAAUUAAAAGUGAACCCUUUACGACCCGAAACGCAGAUGGGGGAAGGUAAGUGGGUGGUGAUGCAAGUGGCUCUAGCCGUGUUGUCGGUUAUGAUGGGAUGUCUGCUUAUUUGGAAUCUGUACAUGGGGCACAUAUCUCCAUCUAUGUGCUUUGGGAGACAAUUGAGCAAAACCCCCAGGAAUGGUACGGAGAGGGGAUACGGGCACAAAGUUGGGACUGAACGCGAUUCUUUGGACGUUAAACAGCAGACUGUCAGGUUGCGUCUCGCAUCAAACAGUGACGUAGAAGCAACCAACUUUCACAGGAACGCUCCCAAUGGGAACGUGCCGAUGGACACGCACCUUUCAAAGUACAUUACGGACGAGUCUGAAAUUUGAGGAUAUAAAUGUUUUGCAAUCUUUUGUACAAUUUUCUAUUUAUUUAUUUUGUACGUAAAUAAAAAAUCUAUUCAAAAAUAUCAGAAAUACUUACGGUCCAUUAAAAACAUUGCUGUUCAUAAAUGAAACAAUA